UUCCGAUCUCUCUCACGUUGCCAACGUUGAGCGGGGCCCUCUUAUUCAGAAUCUAACAAAUCUCUUUCACUCUCUGUUUCUGCUCUCAUCCUUCAUCCAUCUCUCAUCAUUUUUUGGUUAUCGAUCUCUCUUGGUAUCUCGCUAACGAUCGAGAGCAACUUGGAAUUCGUAGAGCCUGGAUCGCACCGAUUGGAUCUUCUCCGGUUAGAUUAAAAAAUUCGGCAAAAUGAAUGACGCAGAUGUUUCCAAGCAGAUCCAGCAGAUGGUGAGGUUCAUCCGCCAGGAAGCGGAGGAAAAGGCCAACGAGAUCUCCGUCUCCGCUGAAGAAGAAUUCAAUAUUGAAAAGCUGCAGCUGGUUGAGGCAGAGAAGAAGAAGAUCAGGCAAGAGUACGAGAAGAAGGAGAAGCAAGUUGAAAUUCGGAAGAAGAUCGAGUACUCCAUGCAGCUCAAUGCUUCUCGUAUCAAAGUUCUGCAAGCUCAGGAUGACGUAGUAAACUCUAUGAAAGAGGCAGCAUCAAAAGAACUUCUGAAUGUAAGCCAGAAUGAACAUGUCUACAAAAAUCUUUUGAAGGAUCUCAUUGUUCAGAGCUUGCUUCGACUGAAAGAGCCCGCUGUUUUAUUGCGAUGCCGCGAAAGUGAUGUCCAUUUGGUGGAGGCUGUGCUGCGUUCAGCAGCCGUGGAGUAUGCAGAGAAAGUAAAAGUUCACGAGCCAGAAAUUAUUGUUGAUCAUGUCCAUCUUCCACCUGGUCCAAGCCAUCACCAUCAUCACGGUCUUUUUUGCUCUGGAGGUGUAGUAUUGGCAUCUCGAGAUGGGAAGAUUGUCUGUGAGAACACCCUUGAUGCUAGAUUGGAUGUUGUGUUCCGUAAAAAGCUUCCAGAGGUACUUUCUUUUCUCAACUAUACCCUACUCCACAUUAUUGGGUGCUAAUUACAUCACCAAAUGCUAGUGGAUAUCUGAAAAGCUCAUUGCCAUACCUCAUUUUUAGAGAGGAAUAAAGAUCUACAUUUAGAAGAUUUUUUAUUUUGCUCGAGGACAAAGGCGUAAUUUACUGUGUUUUUUUCUUGGUUCUUAUAAAUGCUCACUGCUCUCAUUGAGUAUUAAAUAUAUAAUACAAAUUAAGAAAAAACUUGUUGCACUUCUCUACAAUUUGGAAGAAUCUAUAAACUAUAGCAGCACAUAUUCAAAAGAUAAAGAGAAAACGUAAGACAAGCUUUUAGGUUUUGAUCAACUGCAUUGUCACGACUGCAUCUGUAUGUUCCUCAGUACCUUAUUAAUUUACAGAUUGUCCCACUCAAAUACUGACCAGGAUGCAUAGUAUAACUUUUGGUUAACUAAGCCUAGCUUGACAAUAAAGAGAUCGCACUUUUAACUUUUUAUUGUACGAAUAUAAGCUACAACACGAUUCCUUUACUUUAUAUUGGCUUUCGAAGGUGCAUUUUUAUGCUCCCUCCUCACCUUUUCUUAACCUUCAGAAAGAUACAAAUUCUUUAUUCGAGGAUUUUAUAUUUCUGAUUACAAAAAAAAAAAAA